AUACAUACAUGAUAAGCUCUUGAAUUUAUGUUUUAACAUCCUGUUCCUACAAAGAAAACUAAAAUAAUUUAUGCUUAGUUUAUUGUUGAUCAGCUAAGAAAAUGCACAUCAUUUUUAGUGAUUUAAUUAAAAACAUUUUUUUGAUUUCAUAAUUUUGGCCCACUCCUCAGUCAUGAUGCUGCCACCGCCGUGCCUCAGCAGAACAACUGAACCUCAUGAAUCAGGUUUUUAUUUAACAUUUGUUAGAAAUGUUUGAUUUCUGUUGAAUUUGAUCCACUGCAGUUUUUGUCUUUCCCUUUCCAAGAACCAAACCUUCCUGUAGUGCUCAAAUGGAUCUUCAUCAGUGGUUCUCAGGGCUUUCUGGAGGUCAAUCCAAGGUCAUCUUUGGAGAAGAAAUGUUCAGAAAACCUGGAGAUUUUUAAGUUUGUCUCCAUGGAAGGAAAAACUACAGAACCGAGAACUGGACCAGAACUUUACCAGAAUCAUCUGGCUCCAUGAAAGGAGACUUGCUGAACAAAUUUAUGCUCACAUCAGUGAGUUAAAAAGAAGAAGCCGAGUUCCAUGCAGACUCUUGAAUAUCUUCAGCCGACACACAGCCAGAGGACGUUUGGAGGUGGAUCUGCUGUAACCGAAUCUCUGCUCCGCUGCAGGUUUUCAGCCUGAAAGCAGCUUUGUUCUCUGGCUGCAGGUCAGCAUCACACUGACCCAGUAAGACCAGUAAGAGACAAACAGAACCACUGCAUGUGAUAGAACCUUAGCUUUCUGAUCCAGACUCACACAGAUCCAACAGAACCGACCGGUCGGACCCGUGGUUCUUCUCCUGAGCAGCUGGAGGAGCAUCUGCAGGGAUCCGUUAACCUUUCCCUGCGACCUCCCGUUUCAUUAGACGUGUUGACGUGCGGUCUCUACGUGGAGCGUGACCUCGACGGGCGGCAGGGUUCGGAGCGGCUUCCUGCUGCAGAGCUGGAGAUGUUCCUGAAGCCCAGCUGAACCAGUGCACCGAGUGGCCAGCAGAGGGCAGUGAUGCUCCGCUUCAACAGCACCGAGCUGCAGUCUCUCCUGCUCUCCGUCCUGCAGCACUGCCUCAACAGCAGCGGCCUCCAGCCGCCCGGGAACCACACUACCCAUGAUGCUUUGCAGCAGGCGGCGGCCUCCGCCAGGGGUCGCCCUCAGCCUGAGGAGCUGAUGUUCAUCCUGCUGGUGGUCGGCCUCUUCAGCUUCUUCACCUUCGGCAUCAUGCUGAGCUACAUCCGCUCCAAGAAGCUGGAGGGCUCCCAGGACCCGUACCACCAGUACAUCGCCCACGACUGGAGCGCCGUGGUGGGGCCGCCCAGGGCCGUAGCCGAGGCCCUGCAGCGGGGGGCCCAGGACCCGGUGGUCCUCUGCAACCCUGUGGCUCUGCAGCCGCUGCCGGAAUAAACCGACAAUUCUCCAGACCUGGAGGAUCAUCUGAGGAUGAUCUGCUAACACUGCCACCCUGCUACAGUAAAACAGCCCCUCAGCAUGAUGGUGCCACCACCAUGCAUGGCACUGUAUGUCACAAAGUGAGAUAUCCAGAAGAUUUUAAAUAAAUAAUCUUUAAUGUUUCACAGUAACCAAACAUUAGUGUUUGCUCUGUUUUUUUCCAUCUUCUCACCUCAUUCGCUACGUUUACAAGUGCCACCCAAAUUAUGAGUGAACUUUUAAAAAGCUGGAAAAAAAAGAGGUGAAUUCUGCAUGUUUCUAUCUACUGGUUUGGAGCGAAUCAACCAGGCUACGAACAGGAACAGGACAUAGAGGAAAACCACACUGAAGAUUUGGACGCUUCCUGAGCUUCUGCCGAGUUUCUCCUGGGUUUUGUACCUGUGGUAAGGCACAGACCAGGUUCUCUCCAUGUUAUUCAGAGAAAACUGGUUUGUGUUAGUUAGCAACAUCUACUUCCUGUUUGCUACAGCCAAGCGUAACGCAGACAUGUGACGAAGUUACGUGUUCGUACCCUGGUUGAUUCUCUCUAAACCAGCAGGUGGAAACACGGUAAUUCACUUUUUCUUUUUUGCCACUGUUUAAAAGUUUGCACUAAAUUUGGAAACGAAGCUGAUGAUGACCCAAUGCUCGGUACCAGAGAGUCCUUCAGUCUGUGUGCAAAGGAGCAUUAGAACGGAUCAUUUUAAUGAUCAUCACAUUAAAUUCAAUAAGAGCUUUCCAUACAGGAACAA